AUGUUAAGUCCCAUAGUGCUCAGAGCCAAAGUUCCUAGUGUUAAAGUUCCUACAGUCAAAGUUCCUACAGUCAUAGUUCCUCAUGUCAAAGUUCCUCAUGUCAAAGUUCCUCCUGUCAAAGUUGCUCAUGUCAAAGUUGCUCAUGUCAAAGUUGCUCAUGUCAAAGUUCCUCCUGUCAAAGUUGCUCCUGUUAAAGUUGCACCUGUUAAAGUUGCUCCUGUUAAAGUUGCUCCUGUUAAAAUGCACCUGUUAGAAUUGCUGCUGUUAAAGUUGCUCCCGUUAAAAUUGCUCGUUCCUACAGUCAAAGUUCCUACAGACAAAGUUCCCACAGUCAAAGUUCCUCAUGUCAAAGUUCCUCCUGUCAAAGUUGCUCCUGUUAAAGUUGCACCUGUUAAAGUUGCACCUGUUAAAGUUGCUCCUGUUAAUGUUGCUCCUGUUAAAAUUACUCGUUCCUGCUGCUAA